CAAGUGAAACAUGAGGAGCUCGGCUUUCUUGGUCAUCGUCUAUGGGCUUUUGUUACAAGGAGAAUCCUCCCUCGCCAGUGAAGACCAAGAAAUACAUGUCACGCGGGAAGUUAACCUCGGGGAUCAGUGCAAUGGAUAUUGUUUCUUAGUGUUAAAGCCCUUCCUGGAUUUUUUCACCCAGCUGAAAGAAGCAACCGAUGCCAACAAUGAAAUGAAAGACAAAAUAAGCUCAUUGGAGGUCACCAUCAGCAAUUUGCAGAGCCAGCUCCUAAAAAACAAUAUCGAACAAAUCAAGGACAGAGAGAUCCAAAUCAAGGACAAAGACAACCAAAUCAAGGACAAAGAGAACCAACUCAAGGACAAAGAUAACCAACUCAAGGACAAAGAUAACCAAAUCAAGGUCCUCAGAGAGCAGAUGGAACUGGUUUCUGGAGUGCUGGCCGAAAAGAACGAUCAACUAUCGAAAAUCAGCCAAACGGCGGAGAACAUUCCCGAAACGUGUGGCAGUGGCACCCCAAAUGGCGUUUUUCAGAUAAAGGUCAGGGGAAUAGAGCCGUUCCAAGUUCCCUGCGUAUCGGAUUCGUCUGGGUGGACUGUCAUUGAAAGGCGGUUCGACGGAAGUGUGGACUUUAAUGGAAACUGGACGGCUUACAAAGACGGAUUUGGAGAUAUCCGGGGAGAGUUCUUCCUUGGUCUGGAAAAGGUGCACUUGAUGACCGUAGCUCAGCCUCAGGAAUUGCAUAUACAGCUCGGAGAUGUUGAUGGCACUUACCGCUAUGCCAGAUAUGACAAUUUUGUUGUGGGAAGCGAAGAAGAGGGUUUUAUGCUUAAAUCACUAGGUGAAUAUUCGGGAAAUGCUGGGGACUCCCUAAGGUCGCACGUGAAUGGAAAGUUUGCUACUGUUGAUCGGGACAGCUUUAAUAAGUGCGUUAAUUCUUUUGACGGUCCGUGGUGGUUUCAAGAUCCAGAGUCUUGCGGACACAGUUCGUUAAACGGUAAAUAUACCAAAGAUGGGAUAGCCCAUGGAAAAAAUGGAAUUUCUUGGGGCAACUGGAAUAAGUUUGAUUACAAACUCUCACUGACUUUUGUGAAAAUUAUGAUAAGACCUAAGAGUCCGCAGACCUGAA